AUGAAAUUCUCAAAAGUCGCUUCAUUUGCUUUCCUUGCUUUGUCUUCCCAAGCAGCUCUUAUUCAACAUGAUGUUAUCAUUGAAAAUAUCAAAAGAGAUGCUGUCUUAGCUGGUUCUGCCGAAAACAAUAUUGCUUCUUCAGCUUUCACCAAAAGAGAAUCCGAAGUUGAUUCUUCUGAAGAUGUUCAAUUGGAAAAGAGAAUCAGUUUUGCUGGUAUUGUCAGUAGUAUCAUCAAUCAAUUACCAAGUAUUAUCCAAAUCAUUGGUAAUAUUAUCAAAGCUGGCCUUGUUAAGAGAGAUGAUAUUGAUGAUGCUUUCGCCCUUGUCCUUGCUGAAUACCCACAUAUUGUUUCCGUCUUUGAAGAUGCCUUUGGUGAUUUUACUGAAGCAAAGAGAGAUGAAGCAGCCAGUGUUGGCACUCAAAUUCUUGGCUCAUUCCCAUCUAUUCUCACCCAAGUCGUUAAUGGUUUUUCAAAAGUUCUCGAUUUUGCCAAUUCUGAUACCUUCAGCACUGGUCUUUCAAUUCUUUCUAAUUUUACUUCUAUUGCUUCGUCGUUUGCUAGUUCCCUCCUGAGUGUUGUUCAAAAUGGUAAGAGAGAUGGUGUGGAAGAUAUUGUUUCAAUGGUUGUCAGACAAAUUCCAGAUUUGAUUGUUGAAGCUUCCACUCCAUUUGUCACCAACGCCGAAAAAAUGAAGAGAGACGCCGAUGUUGCUGCUUCUUUAGUUGAUAACUUGGUUAAAAAGGGUUUGUCAACUGCAAUUGAUACUUUUGGCGCUGCUACUGUAGCUAGCGUUGUUUCCAAAAGACAAGUCAGUUCUUUUUUGUCUAAAGUUUUAUCCAAAGCUUAA